AAUCAGCUAAAUAAAAGACAAAUAAAACAAACAUGUUUGGUCUAUACAUCGGUGUAUUGUUUCGAUUUCUGUGGCUAAGCUGGGGCGUAAGUGCAGUUUGGGAUAGUGGUUUGAGGGAAAAAUAUGAUGGAUAUGGUGAAGAUUGGAUAUUUAUGCCGGAUGGUAAGGGACAACCUCAAGUCGCAGUAAUUAAGGUUUCUGAUCCGGAGGGACGUGGCAUUCUUGAUGAAACCAUAGACUUCAUUUUGUACACGCGAUUUAAUCCCAACGAAGGCCUUCAUUUAUUCACUAAUGAUACAAAUGCAUUAAAGAAGUCACAUUUUUCUUCUUCGAAGCCUACAAAAUUUGUUACUCAUGGAUGGAAAUCUAAUGCUUUCAGCGAAAGUGUUAUAAAUUUAAAGAAAGAAUACUUGAAGCAUGGCGAUUACAAUGUUUUACUUGUGAAUUGGGAGCCCAUGGCUGCAAGUACGUUCUACCUUGGUCCCAUGCGCAAUACUUAUAAAGUCGGCAGGAAGACAGCAGAAUUCAUCGAUUUUCUUGUUCAAUCUACUGGUUUGGUCACUGAUAGUAUCCACUUUAUCGGUCACUCAUUGGGAGCACAUGUUGCGGGUAAUACUGGCGAGCAUUUAAAGUCUGGCAAGCUCGGAAGAAUAACUGGCUUGGAUCCGGCACUUCCUGGUUUUCAUUUAUUAACCGUAGACAACGGUCGACUAGAUUUGACUGACGCGUUAUUCAUUGAUAUUAUACAUUCGUGUGGAGGUGUUCUCGGAUAUAUGCAACCACUUGGUCACGUAGAUUUCUAUCCUAAUGCAGGUGUUGCAGUGCAACCUGGAUGUUGCUGCGUACCCGAAUUAAUUGAGGCUUGUAGUCAUGGAAGAUCAUAUAAAUAUUUUACUGAAAGCAUUAACUCAAUAAUAGGUUUUAGGGCGAAACAAUGUGAAAAUUGGGACAAAUAUGUGAAAGGUGAGUGUAAUAAUCAGCACACAGCAUUUUUAGGAGAGCACGUUGAUAAGUCAGCAAUAGGAUCAUAUUUCUUGAAAACAAAAUCUGAGCCACCAUAUGCUUAUAAUAAUGAAAUAGAUGACAAUAAUGUUUGAGGAAUUAUAAAAGAGAAUGAAAAAGCUAAGUUUUACAUAUUAUACAAAUUUUUUAUAUUCUCGUUUCUAGUAAAAACAACUUCAGUUAAUUUGAAACAAUGACUUCAAUAAAUAAUUACAUAUGUUACAGUUCGAGGUAUAAUAAACAAUCUAUGUCCCACAAAAUGUGACCAGUUGCAUUUCAGUUUAUGUAUCAUACUUUUCAAAAACUUUAGAACAAAUUUCUAUUCCACUUUUUUAUUUUAUCUCGU